AUGAAGGUGUUUAUACCGCUCCUAUGUAUUGUGGCGCUGGCAAUCGCCGAACCACCAGUCGGCGACGGCUACGCAUCAGCACGCUCCAGCCAUCACGACCACGAACAUGGUCACGACCACAGCCUAGACUUCCAAAGAUCUCUCUCUCAAGAGUACGGACCGCCAACCUCCCGGUCUUUUGGAACCUCCCGUAACGCCCUUUCAACUGAAUACGGACCGCCAAACGCCAGAUCAAGCUCAAGAUCUGGUCUAUCCCAGAGUUACGGAGUUCCAAACGCUCGUAGUAGUCUUUUGCAAGAAUAUGGGGUUCCAAAUGCUAGAAGCAGUAGCCAGUUUUCGUCUUCUCGGAGUCUUUCGACUGAGUACGGUCUACCAAGUUCUAGAAGCUCACCGUCUACUGAAUACGGAGUUCCUAGCUCUCGUUCUUCGCUUUCUACUGAAUAUGGAGUACCAAGUGCACGCAAUACACCUUCAGCUGAGUAUGGGGUACCGAACACCCGGUCUACCCCUUCUGCAGAAUAUGGAGUUCCCAGUUCCCGUUCCUCACCCUCAACCGAAUACGGAGUCCCCAAUGCAAGGAACAGCCCUUCUGAACAGUAUGGAGUACCUGCAGCUAGAAACUCUUUAUCUGAAGAAUACGGCGUGCCAGCUGCAAGGAAUUCGCUCUCUCAAGAAUACGGUGUACCAUCUUCAAGGUCUAACAUCGAAGGGAGGACACCAUCCACUCAGUAUGGACCUCCUGAAUUUCGUUCGACACCCUCUGAAGAAUAUGGAGUACCUUCCCAAAGAAGCUUCGGAGCCCGCAAUCCUUCUCAAAAAUAUGGCCCACCAACGUCUAGAAAUUCUCCUUUCUCGCCGAAUGCUUUGUCUCAGGAAUAUGGAGUCCCGUCUACCAGAACUGCUGAUAGUAAAACCUUUACAACGCCCAAAAGCAUUGCAACGUCCUUUUCAUCGUCGUCACGGUCAUUCAAACCUCAGUCAGCUCGUUCUUUUGGUUCCCGUACACCCUCAACCAGCUACGGUCUCCCCAGUGCAAGGAAUUCUGACUCUUAUUCCCAGGGCGCUAAGGCUCCUUCUCAAUCGUACGGUGCGCCGGCUCGUGAUGUGUCAGAUACGUAUGGAGUGCCUAGUGCCAGGGGUUUGUCUCAGGAAUACGGUGUGCCUUCGAGUCGCGUUGCGGUUCAGAAGACUGGUGCUGUCGCUUCGUCUUAUGCUGAUGCUGCUGCCAGGUCUUCUCCAUCAGACACAUACGGGGUCCCGUCAGCUCGCGACUCGAUGCCGUCCGACCAGUAUGGUGUUCCUGACCAGUACAGCAACCAGAACAACCAAGGUUACUCCUACGCUAGGGAUGCUCUCAACGAACUCUUGAACCAGGAGCCAGCUAACUACGACUUUGCAUACAAAGUGAACGACUUCGAGUCUGGCAGCGACUUUGGGCACACGGAGACGAGACAGGAGAACAGGGCUGAAGGGUCCUACUUCGUGGUGCUGCCUGAUGGUACCAAGCAGACUGUAGAAUACGAGGCAGAUGAGCGUGGCUUCAAGCCGAGGAUCUCGGUGGAACCUGCAGACCUUGGACGUUCCGGCUACGAUGACAAUGCGGCAGAUCUCGCCAGGUCUGGUGAUGGACCUUAUUGAGUGGAGCAUAAGGUUGAUUUUGCAAUGGUGGAAUGAGAAGUAUUUAGUGGUUCUGAUUGAAGGAACAAUUAAUUAUAGAGAUAUAAAAGUUCUGGGAACAGCUGCUUGAUAGAAAAGAUUUAUUUUUGAAACAUGUAAAUAAAAAUAUCUGUGAUUAUGGUGAUUCCUAAUGUAGAUAUGCACCAAUAUAGUAAAAAUAAUAAAAAAUAUUUAACUAGAGCACAAACAGUACAAAAUAAAUAAUAAAUAUUUCAAAUAGUUAUGUAAAAGACAAGCAUAAAUGUAAAUAAAAAAAAACACCUAUAAUUUUCCUCAGAGCUAUUUCCCACAGCAUAGUGGCGCCUCCAAACGGUAAAGAUUGGAACUAAAAUAACUUCUUAUUUUACCUAAGAAAUGUAAAUACAAAAAUGAAACGGCAUUGUAAAUGGAUGAAAACGAAUGUAAAAUACUCAAUUAUUUAUUUACUUUUAAGUAGCAAAUGUAAAAAAUGUGUAAAAAAAAUAAAAUAAAAGUGUACCUCAUAGUUUGUAAGUUGCUUGUGAUGUAGUGAAUUUAUAGUGCAAUGAAAUAAACUUUUUUGUGAUAUAUUUUUGCCUUUUUGAUAACCUUAUUUUCAUUUUCAUAUUUUGAGAAUUAUCAGUUCUGAUAAGGAAGCAGA